UCAGCUGUUUUGACGUAACAUUAGCUCAAUAAUUUCUUGUGUUCAAAAACUGUUUAAUAAAAUAAAAUAAUGCGUCCAAAUUUAGUUUUGUUGACAAAACGUAUACCGCUCAUACAGUUUCGUAAGGGCGGUCUGGCAGUGGCCAGCAAUAAGCCGGGCCCCAGUCAGCAGGCAAGUUCAGGGGAAACAGGAGGCAAAAAGAUUACGGAUCAAACGGCCAUCGAGGAUUGGCAGCUGCCAGCACGUUUUGCACGGAAACCAAUUGAUCCAUUGGAGGCAGCAUAUAUUAAUAAUGGCGGCGUACCGAAUUAAUAAUAUAUGUAGUUUACAAAACGCUAGAACAGCUGGACUUUAAAUAAAUUAUUGCAAUACCUAAGGAAUCAUUAAUAAACGAAUUGUACUGUAUUGCUUGUAA